GAUUUCAAUUUUCCGCAGCGCAUAUCCCGUGUAAACGCGGCCUGGCCUGGCCUGGCCAGUGGCCACUUGGAAGUUGGAAAAGAAUGCAUGUAUCCGACUGCCCCUCCUCCCCCCGCCCUCACCCCUCACCGAAUCCCACCCCUUCUUGCUCCUGCUCCGGCACCUCCGUCGAUAUCAGGAAAUGCCAAAUGGUGCCCCUCUCGCUCAUGGAUCGGUCGUGUCACCACUUUCACUCCGACUCCCACUUCCAAUUGUUUUGACUACUCGCCGGUCUCCGUUCACACUCGUCUGAUGCCUACUCGUUCGCGCCCAUCAUCCCGUACCUACCUGCGCAAUCCUGUUUCUGCAGGCAGCUACAUGUCUGAAGCUGCUGAUCGCAUUCGACCCAAAACACCAGCGGAACCAACGGACCGACAGACCGGACCGGCGAACUUGGAAGGAAGGCAAAGGUGGAGGCGAAGCAAAGAAGACAGACAGCCGCAAGAAAACGCGUGUUCCCGUGACCUGACCACGGUCGGCCAGCCGGCCGUGAAACCCCGGCUAUCUAUGCUAACUUAACGGAGGAGGGGUCGUUGUGGUUCGACCGUUCGGAGUAUUCGGGAAGCGAGCUCUGCCCCACCUUCCCCCCGCCCCACCAACCGGCCAAGCCUAAGCUGCUCAAGCCGUUGAACUUGGACGUCGAGGACCCGAGGUGGAACAUGGAACAUGGAAAUAGCCGCUGCCGCUGCCCGUGCUGGCUGUGGAAAAUCUGGGUAUGUAGGGUUCGUAGAGGGGAUUGCGCCAUCGCGAGUGAGAUGGAAAUAUAGUACCAUGUAGAGGAACUGGGGAAAUUUAUAUGGAAAAACGGCGUCUUCA